GAGUAUCAACAAAAACAAGCAAUCUCGCCGGCAGAUGGAAGCGGCCGGUAUGUGUAUUUGAAUGUUUCGUGGUAAAAGAAGAAUUUUGUGUCUGUGACAGUUGCAUAUUUUAAUGAAAUACAAAAGUUUAUGCUGUAUAGAAGAUGCCGCACCAAAAGCAUUACAAAAAUCAAAGAGGAAAAAGGGAGGAUACGAAUAACAACGUGCAGCAGAUUGGCCAUGACAGAAACGCCAACGUGCACGCUGCUCGAAAUGGAGACCAGCAAACUCACGUAGCGUGCUGCACGCCGUCUACCUGUCUCACCCCGGACGAGUUGAUAGACACGAGCGACCCAGGGGAUGCGGUAAGAGUUUAUUGCAAUAAUGACCAGUGUACAAUGGGAAUUUGGAUGCAUGGCAAUUGUUUUAUUGACUGGGAGGAAACUGUUUUGGCGUAUCUGAAGUCGUGCGGGCGAGCUCGAAGCUGGAGCGAAAAGCAACGUUUACAGAACCUGUGGACCAAAAAAGGGUACGAUCUCGCAUUUAAAGCCUGCGAUUGUAAAUGUGGCCGUGGUCAUAUCCGAAAGGACCUGAACUACGUGCCGCCACCCAAACCUGUAGACAAUGCCUUGAAAAGCAAGAAAAAGCAUAAGAAAAAGAACGACAAGCCUAUAGCCGUCGUAAGCAACGGAAAACCGGGCCACACCUCAUCUGUCAACUCCAGCCAUGGUCCGUCGGCUCCCGUCAAUAUAAACCACAUCAACAACAUAAACAACAAUACCGUUAUAGCAACCAGCCCAAGCAACAGCAGCAACUCGACCUUUAGCUCUAGUCUUCCGGCCAGAAGCAGCCCCAUCAACACACCUCUUGUUAAUGGAUUUGCACACAUGCGUCUACGUACCAACAGCUGUGAGAGUACAGUCAGUACAGGCAGCUCGCCCCCAAAUUCAGCGGGAUCAACUGGAUCCGCCUCUCCUAUACCACAGUCACCCGUGGUCAACGGCAAUUUUAUGUUUUCAAAACAGCAGAAGCCGAAGUAUGACAACCCAUCGGAAAGCUCGCUUCAAGCCGGGGCAUACUUCCGUCGCCGAGUCGACAUGUCAGCGUUCAACAUUCUACCAAAACACAAGCAAAACCCGUACCAUAUAAAGAUGGAAGAAGAUAGCCAGGGAAAUGACGAGACCAGGUCGUUUGUCCUAACCCAUCUAAGUUCGUACAAAGUUAGUUCCCUCAACUGUGUGUUGUGCAAAACGGUUCUACCAGUGUUCGAUCGCUAUCCAAUGAUCGACGGUACGUUCUUUCUGUCUCCGCAAGCCUACGACGAAAGCGUCGUUCGCGUCAUAUCAGACGGACGCCUACAAUUCAUCAACGCUGUCUGCGUGAGUUGUUUGGAAGGCGGUUCUGAUAUAUGCUGCGCCGCAUGUAAGAGGAAAUGGGAUGGAAGUACUCUACUUUUAGGCACAAUGUAUUCUUACGACAUCUUUGCUGCCAUGCCAUGUUGCCAGAAGCGACUGACGUGCAAGCAUUGCAGACGAGCCGUUGUUGACGUCAACACGGGAUUGUCGUUCUAUAGCGAAUACAGCCGCAUGAUAACAUGUCCUUACUGUAAAGCGUACGACUAUCAUUUCAUUCGUCCAAUGUCGGACACCUUCAUUGUCAAGCAGCCUAUAUGGAAUUGAACUCUAGCAUCUCCGUAGAAUUUAUACUCUAACAACAAACUUUAUUGCAAUAUUAUCCACGUUUUUAGUUACCUUUUUGUCCAUUUUUUCCCCAUGCGUAACAACACAACUUUUUUAUUUUUAUUUUGGAACAAGGAAGAGUUCGGAUUGCUCUACGGAGAGGCAUAAACUGUAGAAUAGAGGAGGACUUUGUAGGAUGUAUUUUGUAUAGGAUAUCGGUUUUGUCAUAGACCCCCCACAAGCAAGGGGGAUUGGAGAGACGUGUUUUCCUUUACAAUAUUAUUUGGUGCAUACUGAAUAGUGCUAAUUGGAUUUUGUGUCAUAGUGUUAUAUAUCUAUCAUGUACAACUUUGUUUUUUUUCACAUUUUGCUGUGACUAUUUUUCUUUUAUGUCGGCAAUGACUAUUUGAAAAAAAGUGCCUACUUCUCGUAAUGCUGAUUUGGUGCAACGCCAGGAUUACGUAUUCAGCAAAUGGCUUCAUCUUUCUGUGCGUUAAUAUUUUCCAACAAAUUUAUUAAAAUUUUGCAGAUUUCUGAACUUAGAAACACUAUUACUGCUGGCGAAAAUGCAACUUUAAAAUAUUGAAAUGCUUUGGGAAAAAAGUAUGCGGACAGAUAAAUCGCGUCUGACGGUAAAGUUCAAUUUGUACGCAUGUAUAUUUUGGAAAUUGAAUACUAGUACUUCGCUAGGCAGCAUUUUUUUCUAUAUAUAUUAUAUUUAUAAGAAGUAUAUUGUGUACACAUAUUGUAUUUUUUCUGAGAUUCAUUGCCGGAUGUGGGAUGAAUUUUUAGGAUUACAUUUGUGGACAUUAAGACUUCGAAUGAACUUAAUAGCUGAUCAUGUUGUUUCUUAUUAUAAAUGACAUCGUUAACGGCGAGAAACGUUUUUGGUAAAUGGCAUUCAUUUCACAAUAUGUUUUCUACUGUAUGUUAUUUUUUAAUAAUUAAAUGUAAACAACAAAAA